GACUUUAAAACGUUUGUCGCGCGACAAAAAUAGUUUUAAUGCAAAAACGAUCGAGUCUCGGAGACGCCAGAUUAACCGAGAGCCAUCGAUAGGGAUCUGGUGAUACUUUCAUAUUUUCCGAGCUGGGAGGCGAAAUAUUGACAGUUGUUAAUAGCCGUCUUUUGCUUGAAUUGUUCCGAAACAAUCGCGUGUAUUUAAUCUCACCAUCAAAACGUGGUAUGGAUCGCAUUUCGAUAAAUUUAUCAUUAUGUCUGCCGGUGAUUGAAACGAAUGGGCUUGCGGUGUGAGAUUUCAAGGGCGCUUGGAACAUGUUACCAUUGAGUCGCCGUUGUAAGUUUUAACAAAUUAAUAAGCUUUAUUUCCACACGCCAUCCUUGGCUGAAAUUAAAUACAAAUACGUUGAUGUGAAUGGUAAUCUUUUGAAAGCGAGAGGGUUUCUUUCACGAGAAAGAAUCUUAGUAAACAAAGAUUGCGUGAUGCAACAUAAGUACAGUUUCCGGUUUCACGGUGUUAUCAGAAACGUUUUUAUCAACAGGAAUUUUGGAGCCGAAGUGUCUUACCGAUGUGUCGGAAACUUGUGAUGAAUUAAAGGUUUCAAGAGUCGACUAAAACAGUCCAAUUUAGCUUAGCAUAAACGACAUUUCACUUCAGAUUAAAAUUUCCAAUCAACGUAGAGGAAGACGAUUGCACUCAGUCGAGAGCGCGAAUAGAAUUCACGGCGUCUGCUCGGAUGACAAGAUUACUUGAAAUCCGCCUGUAAAAAUAAUUAUCUUCAAAUGCGUAAAUAAAUAUGCAACGGCAAGAAAGCCUUCAAAACAAGCCCAGAGCAGGAGAGGACCAAGGACAGGCGUCGGAUUUCAAGUAAAAUAGUUUUGUGUAGUGUAAACAUUUCUGGCAAUCUUCACAUUGGAUACGUCUCGCAAUCACUGUCAAAAUACCUACCUACGAACGCAACAACCUUCCCUCGACUUCAGAAAGACGCGCUUCAACUAUUUGUUUUAUUGUAAGGCGAGGAAUUUGCCUUCAAUUUAGCGCCAAGGUUUAUAUUUUGGCGAGUUUGACUUUGGCCACGAUUUCCGCGGCGCUGAAUAUGCUGUAGACUGGAUGGAAAAAUCUGAUAACGACGGAUCUUGAAGAGUUGUUUAAUUACCGCGUUGAGCGAAAUUUUAGCUGUGACAGCGAGGAGGACAUUUGUCGGGGGACGCGGGCUGAUCACUAAGCGAUAAAGCUAAGCAUUCUUUUACGGGUUUAAAACACGGAGGUCCAACACGACACACGACAUUUGUUCUUUGACGAUCAUUUGUGCGAAGCUCGGAGCGGUGAAACUCCAGCGUUGUACCGUCAUCUGGCAAUUACCAUAUCACAGACUUUUGAAACAAGUAACAUCUUGAAACACGGCGGUAUUUGACUAUGGCGGACGAACAUGAUACUAUGGCGAACCAGUCUUGGGUUUAUGUCGAUGACGAACUAGAGAAUUACUCCGAAAGCCUGCCAGCACAUGCGAUUUUUCAACUGAUCCUCUUUACGGCAAUCUUCGUGGUGGGAUUCUUCGGCAAUUCCAUCGUUAUUUACGGCGUUCUUCAACAAGGCUCGUCUAAAACUACAAGCAGCUGUUUCAUCGCGAAUCUGGCCUUGAGCGAUUUAGCUGUGCUGGUGCUAAGCCUACCUGUAGGUCUCCUACAAGAACUUGCUUCAUGGCCGUUCGGCGAGGUUGCCUGCAAGAUUUUCUUUCCCCUCGGCGACGUGUUUUUGACUGUCUCCCUUAUGACCCUCACAGCCAUUGCGCUGGAUCGCUACCGUGCGAUAGUCACGCCGUUUAAAAAACGCGUCAGCAAAACUCAAGCGAAAGUCUGCAUCGCUCUCAUCUGGAUCUGUAGUUACCUAGUGGUUGGAAUUCCCACUUCGUUCAUUCUUAAACUUGUCUCGACGGACGGAGUGAAAAUCUGUUACCCUUUUUGGAACACCGACAUGGAGAGGCAGAUUCACAAAAUCCUCAUUGCUUCGUUAGCCACUCAUCUUGAAACACGGCGGUAUUUGACUAUGGCGGACGAACAUGAUACUAUGGCGAACCAGUCUUGGGUUUAUGUCGAUGACGAACUAGAGAAUUACUCCGAAAGCCUGCCAGCACAUGCGAUUUUUCAACUGAUCCUCUUUACGGCAAUCUUCGUGGUGGGAUUCUUCGGCAAUUCCAUCGUUAUUUACGGCGUUCUUCAACAAGGCUCGUCUAAAACUACAAGCAGCUGUUUCAUCGCGAAUCUGGCCUUGAGCGAUUUAGCUGUGCUGGUGCUAAGCCUACCUGUAGGUCUCCUACAAGAACUUGCUUCAUGGCCGUUCGGCGAGGUUGCCUGCAAGAUUUUCUUUCCCCUCGGCGACGUGUUUUUGACUGUCUCCCUUAUGACCCUCACAGCCAUUGCGCUGGAUCGCUACCGUGCGAUAGUCACGCCGUUUAAAAAACGCGUCAGCAAAACUCAAGCGAAAGUCUGCAUCGCUCUCAUCUGGAUCUGUAGUUACCUAGUGGUUGGAAUUCCCACUUCGUUCAUUCUUAAACUUGUCUCGACGGACGGAGUGAAAAUCUGUUACCCUUUUUGGAACACCGACAUGGAGAGGCAGAUUCACAAAAUCCUCAUUGCUUCGUUAGCCACUCUACCACUCCUACUUAUCGGUUACUGUUAUUUUAGAGUCGUUAUCGCGCUGUGGAAAGUCAGAAUUAUUUACCGGGAUUCUGCCAAGAACUCGCUGACAACGAUUCGCCUUGAACAGAAACGAAAACUGGUCAAAAUGCUUAUAGUCAUCGUGAUUGCAUUCAGCGUGUGUUUGCUGCCGUACAUAACUUUCGCGCUCGUGUUGGAGUUCGCGGGAAUUGAGCGAUCUCCCUCCGUAAAUGUGGGUUUGGUAGCAGUUCUGUCGCUGCUCUAUGCAAAUAGCGCAAUAAACCCGUUAAUUCUGUGUACCAUGAGCAAAGAUUACAGGAAAGGACUACGACCUUGCGGAUGUUAAAGUCCACAGACUUCUAAUUUAGAAAUAAAACGCGAUGCUGAUGUUGUCUACAUAGGAUAUUUUAGAAAAAAAAAUUAAUUCUUUAUUCGUUUAUUAGUUCCGAUCAUGUAGACUAUAGUUUUCUUAAAACGGAUUGUUGUAAGUUAUUUCUUCAUGAAUGCUGUAAAAUGAUACGAAAAGAACCUUUGAAGUUGUAGAUUUUUUGUAAUGUUUGUUUUUCUUCAGCUGAGAUACAUGUACUUAAGGCCUGACUGCUUUAAAUAAACACGGUGAAAAUAUUAUAUUUGUGUAUCAAACAAAAACGAAA